UUGAAUGGUAAAAUGUCGAAGUGAAUAUUUAAUAACCAUACUUGCUCUUACACCUUUGCUUUCCCCCCCCUCCAGUGCAAGUAAAACUUUGCCCAUCAUGUCAGCAGAAUCUGUGGAGAUUGAUGAUGCACUGUAUAGUCGACAGAGGUACGUUCUUGGAGACACAGCAAUGCAGAAGAUGGCCAAGUCCCACGUUUUUUUAAGUGGCAUGGGUGGUCUUGGUGUGGAAAUUGCAAAAAACCUUGUUCUUGCAGGAAUUAAGGCACUUACAAUCCAUGAUACAGAAAAAUGCCACACAUGGGAUCUAGGGACCAACUUCUUCCUCUGCAAAGAUGAUGUUGUUAAUGUGAGAAACAGAGCUGAAGCUGUACUUCACCAUAUUGCAGAGCUAAAUCCAUAUGUUCAUGUCAUGUCAUCUUCUGUUCCUUUAAAUGAAUCUACAGAUCUCUCCUUCUUAAAUAAAUACCAGUGUGUGGUAUUGACUGAGAUGAAACUUCCAUUGCAGAAGAAAAUCAAUGACUUUUGCCAUUCUCAUUGCCCACCAAUUAAGUUCAUCAGUGCCGAUGUACAUGGAGUUUGGUCACGAUUAUUUUGUGAUUUUGGUGAUGAAUUUGAAGUUUCAGAUACAACGGGAGAAGAACCAAAAGAAAUUUUCAUUUCAAAUAUAACGCAAGCUAACCCUGGCAUUGUAACUUGCCUUGAAAAUCAUCCUCACAAACUUGAGACAGGACAGUUCCUAACAUUUCGAGAAAUUAAUGGAAUGACGGGUUUAAAUGGAUCUAUACAACAAAUAACUGUAGGAUCACCAUUUUCUUUUAGCAUUGGUGAUACUACAGCACUGGAACCAUAUUUACAUGGAGGAAUAGCUGUACAGGUGAAAACUCCUAAAACAUUUUGCUUUGAGCCAUUGGAGAGGCAGAUAAAACAUCCAAAGUGCCUUAUUGCGGAUUUUAGCAAACCUGAGGUACCUUUGCAGAUUCACACAGCUAUGCUUGCAUUGGACCAAUUUCAGGAGAACUACAGUCGCAAGCCAAGUAUUGGAUGCCAAGAAGAUAUAGAAGAGCUGCUGAAACUGGCAACAUCUAUAAGUGAAACAUUAGAUGACAAGCCUGAAGUAGAUGCUAACAUUAUACGUUGGCUUGCUUGGACUGCCCGAGGCUUUUUACCCCCACUUGCUGCAACUGUAGGAGGAGUUGCCAGUCAAGAAGUACUGAAAGCUGUGACAGGAAAGUUUUCUCCUUUAUGCCAGUGGUUAUAUCUUGAAGCAGCCGACAUUGUCGAAUCCCUAGGCAAACCUGAAUGUGAAGAAUUUCUCCCACGAGGAGAUAGGUAUGAUGCUUUACGAGCCUGCAUCGGAGACACUUUGUGUCAGAAGCUACAAAAUCUGAAUAUCUUUUUAGUAGGUUGUGGAGCCAUAGGCUGUGAAAUGUUAAAAAAUUUUGCUUUACUUGGUAUUGGUACAAGCAAAGAGAAAGGAAUGGUUACAGUUACAGAUCCUGACUUGAUAGAAAAAUCAAACUUGAACAGGCAGUUCCUAUUUCGUCCUCAUCACAUACAGAAACCUAAAAGCUAUACUGCUGCUGUUGCAACUCUGAAAAUAAAUCCUCAGUUAAAGAUAGAUGCACACCUGAACAAAGUAUGUCCAGCCACCGAGGGCAUUUACAAUGAUGAGUUUUACACUAAGCAAGACAUAAUUAUUACAGCGUUAGAUAAUGUGGAAGCCAGGAGAUACGUUGAUAGCCGUUGCUUAGCAAAUCUACGGCCUCUCUUGGACUCUGGAACAAUGGGCACUAAGGGGCACACUGAAGUUAUUGUACCUCACUUAACUGAAUCUUAUAAUAGUCAUCGCGAUCCUCCAGAAGAAGAAAUACCAUUUUGUACUCUGAAAUCUUUUCCAGCCACUAUUGAGCACACUAUACAGUGGGCAAGAGACAAGUUUGAAAGUUCCUUUUCUCACAAGCCUUCCUUGUUUAACAAGUUUUGGCAAACUUACCUAUCUGCAGAAGAAGUGUUACAGAAGUUACAAAGUGGACAGAGUCUAGAAGGCUGUUUUCAGGUUAUUAAGUUACUUAGCAGAAGACCCAAAAAUUGGCCUCAAUGUGUAGAACUAGCAAGAUUAAAAUUUGAAAAAUAUUUUAACCAUAAGGCACUUCAGCUUCUUUACUGUUUUCCUUUGGACACACGAUUAAAAGAUGGCAGUUUGUUUUGGCAAUCACCAAAGAGGCCUCCUUCUCCAUUAAAAUUUGAUUUAAAUGAGCCUUUGCACCUCAGUUUCCUUCAGAGUGCCGCAAAACUCUACGCUGCAAUAUACUGCAUUCCAUUUGUAGAAAAGGAUUUAACAGUAGAUGUCCUCAUGAAUAUUCUUUCAAAAGUAAAGAUUCAGGAAUUCAAGCCAUCCAAUAAGGUGGUUCAAACAGAUGAAACUGCGCGGAAACCGGAUCAUGUUCCUGUUAGCAGUGAAGAUGAGAGGAAUGCUGCUUUCCGCCUAGAAAAGGCUAUUUCAUCUAAUGAAGCUACCAAAAGUGACCUUCAGAUGGCAGUGCUUUCGUUUGAGAAAGAUGAUGACAGUAACGGACACAUAGAUUUCAUCACAGCUGCUUCCAAUCUCCGUGCCAGAAUGUAUAACAUUGAGCCAGCCGACCGUUUCAAAACCAAGCGCAUAGCUGGUAAAAUUAUACCUGCCAUAGCAACAUCCACUGCUGCAGUUUCUGGUUUGGUCGCCUUGGAGAUGAUCAAAAUAACUGGUAGCUUUCCAUAUGAAGCUUACAAAAAUUGUUUCCUUAACUUAGCCAUUCCAAUUAUAGUAUUUACAGAGACAUCUGAAGUAAGAAAAACUGAAAUCAGAAAUGAAAUAUCAUUUACAAUUUGGGACAGAUGGACUAUACAUGGAAAAGAAGAUUUUACCCUCUUGGAUUUUAUAAAUGCAGUCAAGGAAAAGUAUGGAAUUGAGCCAACAAUGGUAGUUCAGGGAGUCAAAAUGCUUUAUGUUCCUGUAAUGCCUGGUCACGCAAAAAGAUUGAAGUUAACGAUGCAUAAACUUGUGAAGCCUUCUACUGAAAAAAAGUAUGUGGAUCUUACUGUGUCAUUUGCCCCAGACACUGAUGGAGAUGAAGAUUUACCAGGACCUCCAGUGAGAUACUUCUUCAGUCAUGACACCAAUUAAUAGAGGUUAACUGCUAUAAUUUGAACAUCUGUAUCUCCUAAAAGUUUGUGUAUUGAAAGUAAAAUCUCCGAGUGAUGGUAUUAGGAAUUGGCUCUUUCUUUCGGAUGUGAUCAGGCAUGAAGCCCUUGUAAAGGAGACCUGAGACUUCGGAGGAUACAGAGAGGAGGUGCCACCUUUGAGCACAGACAUCAAGCUGCUGGUACCUUUGGAUCUUCCACCACUCUGAAUUGUGAGAAAUAAAGUCCAAUAUUUAUUAUAAGCCAGUCUAUUUAUGAUGUUUUGUCAAAGCUGCCUGAGUAGACCAAAAAACAUCUGAGAUAAAUUUAUAUCUAAAACACUUCCUUUAGAAUUCUGUUGUGUGAGAGUUUAUAGGUGGCACAAUUGUUCAUAAUUUGUUUUCUGAAAAUAUUCUGUACUUUGCCCUCAUUCUUUUUUUCUUAUUUUUGCCACUCUAGGCCUAGAAUCUACUAGGCAAAAACUCUGCCAUUGAACUAUACCCCCAGCUCUCAAAGGUAUUUUUGAUAAAUACAGAAUUCUAAUAUGGACUUAAAUAUCUUUCAGCAUAAUGGAGAUACAUAUUUUACCACUAUCUUAGAGACUUUUCUCACUAUUGAGACAGCUGUGAAGCUGUUUCUCUUGCUUCGGUUAGACUUGUCACCUUUGUUACACCCUGGGCUUUUGAUUCUUGUCCCUUAUCCCCUUCCUUUCCACUUCAUUGCAGCCAACCAUACUGUUUUGCCAUCUUCACAAGAAUUA